UUAUGUCUAUUUUCGUCCUAGAUCUAACAGCACAGAGAGAGGCUAGCCAUGAACUUAAUGAAAGGGAAGAAGAGAAAGAACAUAAUGAUAAACAUGAUUUCAUGACUGGGGAAAGGUCGACGCUGGCUAAAAAGACUUCCUCACGAAACAGAGUUCAAAAGACAGGAACUAAAAGAUAUUUCACCUGCCAACAGUGUGGAAAGAGAUUUGAUCAGCAUAGAAACCUUCAAGUCCACAUGAGAAUUCAUACUGGAGAGAAACCUUUUUCUUGCCGGCAAUGUGGAAAGAGUUUCAAUCAAAAAGGAAACCUUAAAGUCCACAUGAGAAUUCACACUGCAGAAAAACCUUACACCUGCCAACAGUGUGGAAAGAGUUUCAUUCAAAAAGUAACCCUUAUAACCCACAUGAGAAUUCACACUGUAGAGACCCCAUUCGCCUGCGUACAGUGUGGAAAGAGUUUCAGUGAAAAAGGAAAACUUGAAAUCCAUUUGAGAAUUCACAAAGGAGAAAAGCCUUACACCUGUCAAGAGUGUGGAAAGUGCUUCCGUUAUAAAGGAAACCUUAAAUUUCAGUGA